AUGGCCCCGAAGCUGCUGCUCCUGCUCUGCCUGUUCUCCGGCUUGCACGCACGGUCCAGAAAGGUGGAAGAAGAUGAAUAUGAAGAUUCUUCAUCAAACCAAAAGUGGGUCUUGGCUCCAAAAUCCCAAGACACUGAUGUGACUCUUAUUCUCAACAAGUUGCUAAGAGAAUAUGAUAAAAAGCUGAGACCAGAUAUUGGAAUCAAACCAACCGUGAUUGAUGUGGACAUUUAUGUUAACAGCAUUGGGCCCGUGUCAUCAAUAAACAUG